ACAAGUCAAUAAAUAAAAUUAAAUUUGGAAAGAAACAUAAACAGCCAAGAUAAUAAAAUUGAUUGUGGGCGUGGACAUAAACUGAUUCAACUGGCGUCGCAUAACUACGUUGGAUAACUUUAUACUCCGCUUGGAUAAUUAAACAUUGCGCAUACGCCGCAUUGCACGAAGCAACGGUCCCACACACGCAAGACAAAAAAUUAAAUAAAAUGAUUUCGCGCCGCAAGAUUAUAUCGCGUUCCCUGGACAAUUUGGAUGCGAUUGGGCAGGAGGAGCAGGAGGAAGAUGUUUGGCACGAUCGCGAAAAGCUGUUCCGGGAUCACAUCAACGAAGUGCUGACCAAAUGGGAGCAAAUCGAUGAUGAAAUUUGGGCCAAGAUCAUUGUCUUUGAGAAGAAUCGACGCGUGGCCAAGGCCUAUGCGCGCUCCAAUGUGAUCACCAUAAAUGGCUCCAAGCAUGGCUUCGAUGGCGUACGCAUUGGUCUAAAUGGCUUUGAGAAUCCCAUGCGUGAUGCAGAGACAAAAGUCAUCAAAAAAUCAAUUGGAGAUGGCUUCAAGAUCAAAAUGGAUGACACUGGCAAUAUAUUCAUUAAGAGAUAUGGCAAGAGCAGCAUCUAUGUGAAUCACACCUCGUUGGCCAACGAGGAAACGGUGAUUGGAGCCGAUAUUCUGCAAAUGCCACAAAUGUCGCUUACAUCGGGCACCUCCUCCAAGCUGUUCGACAUGAAGAAAUUUCAGAGUAACAUUAAUCGGGAAUUUGCGCGUAGCUAUCCGGAACGUAGCCGUUUGGAGCGGCAGUGCCUGUCGGCCGUCUCGCUGGUCAAGUCAAACAAUAAUCUAAUCAAUACACCCUUAUGGAUAAUGGUCAUCAAUGUGGUUGCCAUGGAUAUGCUUAAGAAUCGCUUGCAAACGUUGCCCAAGUCCUUGGAUGCAUUGGGCAUGCGAGUGCCUCUCACACACAGCAACGAAGAUCCGUAUUCAACGAUUGAGAGUCAAGUGGGUUUGAUCUAUCCCACGCCCGCUGCGUCUGAUGAAUCCCAGUCCUCGAGCAACUCAAGCAAGGGCAGACGCAGCGUCUUCAGUGCGGCCUUCCUCAACGAAAGUCCCUAUGUGCCAAAGCCGGACUACGAGGUGGCAUCAAUGGCUUCUAUGGCCUCCAUUGCGCCAGUUUAUACGGAAAAGAAGCGCCAGAAGAAUACGCCACAGCGCAAAAAGCAGGACGAUCCCUACUAUUGCGGCCUGCUGGCACGCAUACCCAAUUUCAUUAAGUCGAACAAACAGCAAUGCGCCAGCAAGCCCAAAAAGGAGCCGAAAAUCUCGCGCAAGAUAUCGGCACAGCAUCAUCAAUUCCUGCUAGCCGCACAGCAGCAACAACAUCAGUCACUACAAUCGACGACGCCCAUACCCAUUGCAACGUUCCAUCAUUCCUAUUUCCCCUACAAACUUUAUCCACCACAGCAUCGACUAUCGCAGUCGCAGCUUUCGCUCUGGGAUGCGCGUAGUCUAAUUAGCGCACAUGAAUGAGCGCUGGGAGCAAUUGGCCCUAAUUUAUUCAUCGCCUAGCAUUAUAUUACAAUUUAUUUAGUCAAAGUAUGUUUUUUUAAUUUUUGGUCAGUGGAAUGCAUUUCGCUCAGUUUUGUGAUCAUAAAUUAUGCGAAGUGCAGCCAUCAUUUUAAAUAUUUAGAGCAUACUUUUGGGCAGACACCUAAAAUAAUACCCAUUAACACUUAUACUAAUUAGAUCGGCGUUAUGGAUUAGACACCGGAGAUGAGAGAUUUAAUAAUUAUGCAAUUUGUAAUAAUUAAUUAAAAUUUUGCCAUAGUUUUUAAAUCGUUUAAGACUGAGAACG